UUGUGCGUUACUGGAGCGUGUCGGGACUAUGCGCCUGUGCACUCCGGCACUGGCUAGUACCAGUUAUACUGCUACGCCACAAAAGACCAAGUGAAACGGGGUCGCAUUGUUAGCUGUUGACAUUGUUGUGGACCUCCACUUGAAUUAGUCUUAUUUCUUUGCCGACGGUCAAUUAAACUGAAAGCCUUUGGUUAUUUUCACUCCGUGUGUGACUGGUCUUUACAUAUGGCAACGUCAGUUCGUUAGCUAGCCAUCUAGCAUUAUUCUUGAAACGGUUUCAGUAAUCAACCCACCGAAGAAAGUAACACGCAGUAAAAGAACGCUGUUAUUCCCUUUUGUUUGUUGGCGACGCAGGCUUGUUUUGGACAACUCUCUGAACUCUAACCUUAUAUUUAUCUGGCGAAAUACUAUUUUCAGUUUAAUUUAAAUUAAGAAAGUGGCUAGCUGGCGAUGUCGAAUUUCCCAGAAAAAAAUCACUGGUUGUUGACUAGAUCACCAAGUUUUGGUUGUUUGAAAACAAGUAGCCAGCUACCCAGCAAGCUGUCCAACGGUUUAUGCUAAUCAUCAUAGCAAGCUUGCUUCGCAUUACCAGCAGAGCAGAAAAUUAGCUUACAGGUCUGCUAGUUCCACGGACACACGCUGGUUAGUUGGCUAUGAAAACGGAAUUUAAGGAAUUGUCAACACUUGUCAUGAUUUAACGAGAAUCCGAAUACCUUGUGACUUAUGGUUGGAAAAUCGCGUCAAAGCGGACGUUCUUAUAAAGCAGCUAGCUAACUGGGAUAAACACAGCAUAGAAGUCCACUAAACAGUUAGUUUGUUUACUCUGGCACAACGUUACCAGGCGAAGAUUACGGCAAGAAUUAUAAUCCUACCCAAUAACGGCAAAAAACAUAAAAACAAAUCAAAUCAUGACAUUUCAGCUGUUCGCCUAGCAAUGGGGCACUUGGAACUCAGUCGCCUUGCUAUAGCUCUGAAUUGAUUGUUUUUUGUCGCUCCAGCUGCGAACAAAUGUGGAGCAGCUGCAACAAUCCUGGUUUCCCCGCAGGCUCGCGAUAGCGCACGGACGGGCAGGUGUUUGAGGCUCGUGCGGCGCUGUCAGUAGCGCUUUCUACGCCGCGAGGGAAGCAUUGUCUGUGUUUACCGUUAACGUGCACACGCUGCCUGGAAUAAGUCUAACUGAUUUAAAUAAAUUAAAUUAAUGUCGAACUCUUAAUUAGGUAAUAAAGAGGAAGGUAGUCCUUGGCACAGAAGUUGGCUUUUUACACUGUGUGAAGCUGUUUCCGUCAUCUGAUUUUCAUACUCGCACAGGGGUUGUGUUGAACAACACUGCCUCCUGCUGGGGAAGGGGGGAAACUACUACACCAGACCCACGGACGGAGGGAGAGCGAGAGAGGUGAACGGGACUACAGAAAGGGCAGAGGGACAUCAGACCCCACCCACCCCCCCUCCCCAAAUUUCCUCUUUGUGGAACUAGGACCAAAAACGAAGACCCAGAUCAGGAAAGGGUCUGGAGUUGAGCAGCGAGCGAGGGGUGGAGGGGUGACCAGUCGGAUGGCGGCACACGCGGAGCGGGACAGGGGGGUCAGGAUGGACGUCGGCCCGCAGCCUUUCAGAGGGGAGGGGCGCAACGCCGCGCCCCGGUCUUACCGCGGGUCGCACCCCAACGCCAACGGCAAGCCGGCCCCGCCCUCCGAGCACGCCGCGGCGGCGGACGGCGGCAGCAGCACGGGCACGGGCGCCGGCGGCGAGGGGGGCGGAGCCAACGGCAACGGCGUGGCGGUCAGCUUCAGCACCAACCACAACUCGGUGGUGUGCCUGCCGCUGGUGUCAGAGGGCCUGAAGCUGGUGUGGACGCAGUCGGACCAGACGCGGCAGCUGGACUGCAUCCCCGAGCUGGUGCAGGCCUUCAACGUCUUCCCCUACCCCAGCUCCCGCGAGGUGGCCUCGCUGGCCCGCGGCUGCGCCCUGCCCCUGGACAAGGUCAAGGUCUGGUUCAUGGUGCAGCGCAUCAAGUACGGCAUCAGCUGGGCCAGCGAGGAGAUCGAGGAGACGCGCCGCAAGCUGGCGGGGGGCGCCGACCGAUUCGGGGCGGCGGCGGGGGGGGGAGCCGCCGCCGCCGAGCCGGGCCGCCGCAGCGAGGACGAAGAGCUGGACCCAGAGGAGGAGGAGGAGGAUGAAGAGGAGGAGGAGGAGGGUGGGUGGAGGGAGGAGGCCGGAGUGGCCGCCCUGCCCGCGCCCCACCCCAAGCGGCCCAAAUGCGAGCCGGCGGAGCCCCCGGCCCGCCCCCACUUCCGCUCCUCCCUCCCGCCCCCGCAGGACUCCUACUACUACCGGCCCCCGGCGGAGGCCCCGGGGCCCCUGGACUCGCCGCCCGGGGCCCCCCGCCGCGCCGGCCGCUACAAGAAGUCGAAGGCGCAGCUGGCGGUGCUGCGCUGCAGCUUCCUGCGGGAGCACUGGCCGGCGGAGGCGGAGCUGCGGCGGCUGCAGGAGGAGACGGGCCUCGGCCGCAACGACAUCCGCAAGUGGUUCAGCGACAGCCGCUACCAGCUGAGGAACGGCCGCGGCUCCGCCCCCUCCCCAGGCUCCGCCCCCUGCCCCGCCCCGCCCCCGACGCCCCCCGCGCCCGCCGGCGCGAGCCGGAACGGCCACGCCCACGCCCACGCCGCCCACCAGCUCCAGCCGCUCCCCCUCAUCGCCCGGCAACCGCAGGGCGGGGCCAGGGGAGGGGGCGGAGCCCGCGGGAGGGUCGCCCGUAGCAACGGGGCGGGAGACGCCAGCUUCUUUGAGAACUUCCUGUCCAGCAGCCUGGAGGCGGUGAAGCAGGAGCACCUGGCGGCGGCGGGGAUGCCGACGGAAGUGAAGGCGGAGGCGGAGGUGGAGGAGGAGGACGAUGAUGACGAUGAUGAAGAUGGGGUUUUAUCAUUGGAGCACUCGGCAGAGAUUGAGAUGAAGGAAGAAGAGGAAGAAGAGGAGGAGGAUGCGAGUGAGGAAGAGCAGCCUCUCCAGCUGAUAGGAAACCGUGGCGACCUGGAGGCCCAGCAGCGUCCAGCAGCAACGGCCUCUUCCCCAUCGCCCUCCCCCUCCCCCUCCCUCCCUCACAAACGCACCCUCACUGGGGCCACCCGCUCCACCAAGCCUGCCCCCGCCGCCCUUUCCAGCACCCCCUCCACCACCCCGUCCACCACCACCACAACCACCACGUCUUCCGCCGCCUCUUCCUCGUCCUCCUCUUCCUCAUCCUCUUCGUCGUCGUCCUCCUCCUCCUCCUCCUCGCCGGUGCUGACGGCGGCGGGCCGGCCGAGGAAGACGAAGGCGCAGCUGGACCUGCUGAAGCAGCACUUCCUGCGCUGCCAGUGGCCGAAGAGCGAGGACUACACGCGGCUGGUGGAGCUGACGGGGCUGCCGCGCGCCGACGUCAUCCAGUGGUUCGGCGACACGCGCUACGCGGUGAAGAACGGGCAGCUGCGCUGGGUCCGCGGCGUGCGCGACCGCUUCAUGGCCGAGCUGGCCGCGCAGCAGGGGGGCGGGGCCGGGGGCGGGGCCUCCCGGGGCGGCGGCGGGCGCAAGCGCAAGCUGCAGGAGAACGGGGGCGGCGACGCCGCCGCCGCUGCCGCCGACACCGGCCCUCUGCAGGCGUACCGGCGGCAGACCGGGGCGCUGCAGGAGAAGGACCUGGACGCCCUGUGCAGGAAGUCCCGCAUGAGCUACCAGCAGGUGCGCGACUGGUUCGCCUCGCAGGAGGGCGCCGCGUCCGACGGGGAGCUCAACGUCACCGACUGAGCCGCCGCUGGGGGGGGAGGGGCCGUGCGGAGGGGAGAGGGGGGCAGUGUCUCAGCUCCACCUCCCCUGGUUUUUGGAUUGUGUUUGGGCUUACGGCCAUCCGUGAGGAGGACAAAACGGCUCUGGUAGAGACUUCCGCGGUUUCAUGUUUGUGACGCGUGUGUGUGAGCGCGUGUGUGUGUGUGUGUGUGCGUGCGUGAGUGUACGUGUGUGUGCGUGUGUGUGUGCGCGCGCGUGUGUGAGAGGCGACACACUGCAGGCUCGUCUCAGGGCAAGGUGUCGAGUCGUACUGCUGCCCUCCCUCCCGUGCUGCAGAAACUCUGGAGCCCCCUGCUGGUGGAACUGCGGAACUGAGCUGCCCGUGUACACUGGUUUUAAAGAAUGUCUCUCUGCUUGUUUGCUGCCAUUUCCUUUUUUCGUUUUGUUGUUUUUGUGUAUAUAUAUAUAAUGUAACAUUUAGAGUUCCAAAAAUUUUGGUUUGUACUGGAGCCCAGUAUAAGUAGCACAGCAAUAACUUGUUGAAAUGUAGAGAGAUUACGAUGCUUCCCUUAGUCCUUUUAUUGUUUAUUUUUUGUUUUUUUUUAGGUACUCUAGCGUAGCUAGUGGAGAAUUAUCUGGAAGGAGAGGAGCUGAGGGUGUUAAGGCAGAGCUGAUCCAGGCUUUUCAUUACUGAGAGGAGAAGCGGCCGACUGCGUUUCCGUUCACUACGACCCUGUCUCACGCAAUGUAUUCGUUACUGUAUAGCCGUGUAGAUUUUUUUUUGUGUUGCACUUCAAAUUUGGACCUCUAUAUUUUAGAUGCCUUGUUGUUCAUUAAAUUCUUUUAUAAGCCUGAA